AUCCAUACAAAUAUCUCACCUCAUCCCCCCUCCAAUUAUUCGGGAGCUACCUUCCGCCUCUUUCACUCUGCUCCUAAAACUUCGGCGUCUUUGAGGAAUCUGCUGUCUUUUUGUGAGCCAAGAUGGCGGAUCAAGAGAAGCAGGCUGUGAUAGCACCAGCCAUUGCGAAAGUAGAUUCAGAUGAAGACUCUUUGUCGAGAGAAUGGACUGAUGAGGACGAGAGGAGAAUUCGACAGCGGAUGGAUUGGAGAAUUGUUCCAACGGUCUUUGUGUUGUAUUUGAUGUGCUUCAUUGAUAGGUCAGUAAUCUCUGGAGUACGAUAAGACCUAUACUAAUCUAUUGUAGGGCAAACAUCGGGUAAGUUGGAACCCCCAAUUCAGCCGCACUAUUCGCUCCGGUGCUUGGAAUGGGAACUUGAAACGAUCAAGUUCUGUGAUUUGGAAUUUUUAAUAGGGUUUCCCGCAAUCAAGAUCAAAACCGGACUCAAUGAGGGCUUUCAGAACAGAGUAACUAACAAACGCAACAGAAAUGCCCGUAUUCAAGGAAUGGCAGUUGACCUUAAGCUCGGAGGUUACCGAUUCAAUUGGGCCCUCACAAUCUUUUACAUCUCGUACAUAUUAGCCGAAAUCCCCUCGAACAUCAUUCUCAAAAAGGUGGGAGGAAGAUACUAUCUACCCUCGCUCGUCGUCACAUUCGGCCUGAUCUCCAUGUGUACAGCAUUUGUCAAAAACUAUGAAGGUCUUCUCGCAUGUCGUUUCAUGCUCGGUCUCGCAGAAGGCGGUACCAGUAUGCAACAUUUAUCUUUAUUCCCUUUCCUUAGACCUCUGUUCUUGGUGGUCUGCAGCAAGUUCCACACUCACUAUAUACGCCCCACUGUUGAAUCAGCAGGAGAAUGUAUGCUAACAUAUUCCAGUGCCGGGAAUUUCCUACUAUCUUUCUUGCUUCUACAAACGUAACGAACUCCUUUUCCGCCUCGGUCUCUUCAUCCAAGGCACCACACUCGCCGGUGCUUUCGGCGGUCUGCUCGCGGCAGGUCUCUCAUCUAUUCCAUCAUGGGGUGUAGCAUCAACACCCAUCCACAGCUGGCGCAAUAUCUUCUUCUUUGAAGGACUCUUCACCCUCCUCGUAUCCUCGUUUGCAUUCUUUGUCCUCCCUUCUCGACCCGAUCAAUGCAAAUUCCUCACACCUCGGGAUCAAUACAUAGCACUCGAGCGUAUAAACAAGGAGCAUAAAGAAUCCGCCAUGGAAGCCACGCAAGCCAAACAUGUGCAUCGCGCAAUCUUCAACAUCAACAACAUAAUCUGCGGGUUAGGAUUCUUCGCCAUCAACAUCUCGGUGCAAUCAUUCUCCCUCUUCCUUCCCUCUAUCCUCUCCGCGCUCGGUUGGACAGCCUUAAAAACCCAGUUUUACUCCGUGCCUCCCUAUGUGAUUGCAUGUAUUUGGUCCAUUCUCAUGUUCCGUCUAAGCGAUAAAUUCAACCGUCGUGGUGUCUUCCUAGUCGUCGGUGCGGUAUUGGCGAUAGUAGGCUACGUAAUGCUCGCUACAACCACCUCAAACUCAGUCAAGUACGGCGCUGUCUUCCUCGCUUCCGCUGGUGCAUUCCCCGGCGGUCCGACAUGGUUAGCAUGGGGGUUGAAUAAUGCGGCUGGACCGAGUGUGAGAGCUGUUACUAGUGCGUAUAUCGUUUCUGUGGGAAGUUGCGGUGCAAUUGUUGCCACUUGGACGUAUCUGGAGAAGGAUAGACCGACAUACCAUCGUGGACAUUGGAUCAACGUUGGUGCUAAUAUUGUGGCGGCUUGUUUGGCUGUGGCGGGGGUUGUGUAUACAAAGUGGGAGAAUAAGAAGAGAGAUAGGGGAGACAGAGCAAGUAGGUUGGAGGGCUUGGAUGAUGAUGAGAAGAUCAAGUUGGGAUACAGACAUCCCGACUUUCGGUAUGUUUCUUAAACUAUUACGGUUGUGAGGAAGCGUUGGCCUUUGGAGUACUUGAGACGGACCUUUGCCAUUUGGAGUUUGAUGAGCAUAUGAUAGUUAUUUUCGGAAUUUACUUCCACCUUUUUACAACAUCUGGAGUGCUAGUGAAAUGCGUAUGUGUUUCUCCGCGUACAUGAGCUUUAACACGAG